AUGCAGGAAACCACACUGAAAAAAAAUCUUUUGUUUUCUUUUCAGACUUCUCAUCUCUAUACGAUGCUUCCAUACCUGACUUGGCCUAGGAAUAUAAAUGGCACAAGGCACACUCCCCCAAAGCUCUUUGCCAAUGUAUCCGGCUCUGUGGAUGAUGAGGGAACUUGCCAAUGCUCUGUGUACUUGCCGGAUACCACCUUUCCAGUGCAGAAGGUCGAGCAAUUGGAAAUUGUAGCUGCAACACUCUCGAAGAAAUUUGAAACAGAGCUUUCUAAAGUUAAAGAGUACUCGAAAAGGAUUGAACUGUAUCAGCAGCAAAUUCUUAAUCUAACCAUCAGAGUUGAACAAAUGGAGGAUGGCAGUAUAUCCUACACAGAACUGGACUUCCAGUUACUGAAAGUGGAAAUCAGUGACCUAGAGAGACUGGUCACUCAGCUGAAACCCAGCCUUGUUGGAAGCAAUGUCAUCGUUGAGCAAAUAUAUUUGGAGAUCAGAAAUCUAACUAUACUGGUAAAUGAACUAGAAUCACUGGACAAAAACAAUGUCCUUGCAAUUCGUCGACAAAUUACAUCUCUGCAGCAACGACUGAAAGAGUGUGAAGAGAACGCAAACAAAACCACAGUACCCCCUUAUUUCCCACCAGGUACCUGCACUCACCGUGGACUGCUGAAUGUUAGCCAGCCCUAUGUGGUAAAGCUGAACUGGAGAGGAUUUUCCUACAAAUAUGGCUCCUGGGGUAGAGAUUACUCUCCCUCUAACCCAGAGAACGAAGUCUAUUGGGUUGCACCGUUGAACACAGAUGGGAGAUACUUGGAAUACUACAGAAUUUAUAAUUCCUUUGAUGAUUUGCUGCUGUUUAGACCCAUGUCUGAAAGUAGAAUAACCUAUGGGGAAGGAAGUGGUGCUGCCCUUUAUAAUAACUAUUUGUACUAUCAUGCCUAUAAUUCAAGAUAUAUGGUGAAGCAUGAUAUAAAAACAAACAGAGAGGUUUUGAAGAAGGAGCUCCCAUAUGCUGCUAUUGGUAACCGUUUCUCUUAUGCAGGUGUAGCAUGGCAAGACAUAGAUUUUGCCGUGGAUGAAAGUGGGUUAUGGGUAAUAUAUUCAACAGAAAGUAGUGUAGGCAACAUUGUGAUUAGCAAACUCAAUGAGACCACACUUGAUGUGCUAAAUACUUGGCAGACAAGACAGUACAAGCCAUCUGUUUCUAAUGCUUUCAUGUUAUGUGGUGUUCUUUAUGCCACAAGGCCAUUGAGCACUAGGAAAGAGGAGAUCUUCUACAUGUAUGACACGAGUACUGGCCAAGAGGAUAGAAUUAGUGUCAUUAUGGAUAAAAAGUUAGAAAAAAUCCAGAGUAUUGAUUAUAACCCCAGAGAACAGAGACUGCAUGUUUACAAUGAUGGUUACCUUGUAAGCUAUGAUGUGACCUUUCAGUCUUAGUACCCUAGUGAUAUAUGCAUGUGAUAAAACUGGCAGCAGCUAAAAUGAAAGAUCCAUCAUGCCUUUAGACAAUGCUAUUGCCAGUUUAGAGUUCAUCUGGUCUGAGGUACUGUGUCUU